GGGGCCACAGGCUUAGCUGAUCCCACGUGUGACGCUUGCAUUGCCAGCUCAGUAAUAUUUUCUUUAGCGGGCUUCGGUGUAGCGUUGUGUCUUCGUUAGUUACUGGCUAUAGUUGGGUUAGCUAUGGAGGGAGACGGGAGCCAAGCCACAUCUGGAGGAAGCCCUAAUGAUUCGCAACACGACCCGGGUAAAAUGUUUAUCGGUGGCCUCAGCUGGCAAACUUCACCAGACAGCCUUAGAGACUAUUUUACUAAAUUCGGGGAAAUCAGAGAAUGUAUGGUGAUGAGAGAUCCAACAACAAAACGCUCCAGGGGCUUCGGAUUCGUUACUUACAUAGAUGCUGCCAGUGUAGAUAACGUCUUAGCUCAGCCACAUCACGAAUUAGACUCAAAAACGAUCGAUCCUAAAGUUGCCUUCCCUAGACGUGCUCAACCCAAGAUGGUCACAAGAACAAAGAAAAUAUUCGUAGGAGGAUUAUCAGCGAACACAGUAGUUGAAGAUGUGAAGCAGUAUUUUGAACAGUUUGGCAAGGUAGAGGACGCCAUGCUUAUGUUUGACAAAACGACUAACAGACACAGAGGUUUCGGCUUUGUAACUUUCGAGGUUGAGGACGUUGUGGAGAAAGUAUGCGAGAUCCACUUUCAUGAAAUCAAUAAUAAAAUGGUAGAAUGCAAGAAGGCCCAGCCCAAGGAGGUGAUGUUCCCGCCGGGUACGCGAGGCAGGGCCAGGGGCCUGCCCUACACCAUGGACGCCUUCAUGCUGGGGAUGGGCAUGCUGAGUUACCCAAACAUUGUAGCAACGUACGGCCGUGGAUACACUGGUUUUGCCCCGAGCUACAGCUACCAAUUCCCUGGCUUCCCAACGGCGGCAUAUGGACCGGUGGCAGCGGCGGCAGUGGCGGCAGUGCGUGGCUCAGGUAGGGGGGCCCGUGGAAGAGGUGGCUACAUGGCAUACCAGCAGAACGCAGGGGCAGGGUUCCCAGAUUAUGGGUUCUAUUCCGGGGCCGGGCCCAGUGACCUGCGGGGACCCCCCUGCUCCUUUGCCGACUAUGGCUCCUUGGGGCCUCAGGCUGCUCAGAUGCUACAGCACAGUGAGCAUCAUGCCACCUCCGCCUGCAACUCCCCCCUCCAGCACCAUCUGCAGCACAGCCCGGACCCCUUUAAGAGCCCAGGCACCAACCAGGCCCGGCCCGGAGCCUUCCCCGGCACCAACAGUCCCGGGCCCGUGGCUGACCUCUAUGGCACUCCCAGCCAGGACUCCGGUGUGGGCAACUACAUUAGUGCUGCUAGCCCACAGCCUGGCUCUGGCUUCGGCCACAGCAUUGCUGUAAGUAUGGCCUACUCCAGCAACUCGUCCACCUCCUCCAAUACCGCCUUCAUCUUCUCUGUGCUGUCGACCAUCGUCCUUGUUCAUUCUCUCAGCCCAUUUCAACUCAUCGUCAGGAUAUUUCAUCAGUCUGAAGGAUAUGGUUUCUAUACACAAAAGAGAUAGGUAUGCUUAUUAUGCUACAGACGUCUUGUGAGGUCUUCCGUUCUUUACGCUAAACAUAUAGUAUCUAUCAGAAGAGAACUGUAGAUUAAGUAGUGCUUACUGUUUGUGAAUGUGAUGGCAUCAUGUAAACAUUUAUCAGAGUACAAUCUCUGCGAAUCAAGAACAAUCUUAAGGCAAUUUCUGCUGGUCACUCUGUACCACUUGAGUCAAACAUCAAUGCAGGCAUAUUCAGUGUGCUCAGUGUCACUGUGCCAGAGUUUAGGCCUAUUUUAGUCAAAAGCUUUACAGUGCUUAUGUGCCUGCAAUACAGUGAGAAUGUUUGCCAUCGGAACAUAAAAUAAGGCACAAGUGCUCGACAGGUUCUCAGGCACGUGGUUGGUUCUGUGUGAUUGUAAGCAUUACCAACAUUCCGUCCUCAUUCACACAUCUCAUUUAUUCUUAUAACAUACUGUGAACUUGUACGGCCUAUCAUCACCUCUCUGAUGUGUCAGUGUACUUCUGUUCAUGCGCCAGCCAGAAGGUCAAAAAAUCCCGCAAUUAGUUGUUUUUGCUCAUAUCUGGAACAGUAUUUUGUUUCACCUUUUCAGUGGUGAUGACUCCUGAUUUGAGUACGCUCACAACAGAGGAAUUCCAGGUCUUUGAAAGGAUUCUCGUUCAAAGUGCAUUAUGUAAGUCAAUACGACAAUAAUAACCCCUUGUGCGUUAAACCACUGUCGUGAGAAUAUUUUCUCCAUGUCCUUUGAAGACACUGACAUUCAUUAUCCCUGUUGGCUGCUUCAGUCUGGAACCUUUGACGAGGGUAUUGAUGGAUUUUAGCCAGCUCAGGAAAAAGCACGGAGGCAAAUCUGCUCCAACUAAAAUGGAUGAGUAACUAAAAGCCUUGUACUCUGCCACACCGAGAAUUAAUACAAUUCUCCCUGUUUGAACUGCUGUCCAAAACACAACAUCAAGGUGUGCUGAAAACUGAAUAAGGCUUUUUGUAUGUUUGGCCCACUGAACACCUUGUCUUCCAGUGCAUUCCUAGCAUGUUAGAGGAAUUGUAAAGGAACCGUGUCGUCACAUAAAGCACCACUCUGGAAACAGAGAGGGCUUUCAUUAGAUUAGCUAACAGCUGAACGAUCAUUUGGAAUCAGAAUGCAAUGUCACCUUCCACUUGACUUUGAGAGACAGUUUCAACCUCAAUAAGUGAAAUGUAGGUUGAAAAAUAAGAUCUUGUCUAUAUUUCAGAAAUGACAGGCACUGUUGGCACUCAAAAUCCCUAGUCAGAAAUAUUUCAUCCCAACCUACAUAGAAUUAAAUGGCAGAUAUUUUUCUCUUCAAGCUCAGUUUUUAUGAUUGUCUUAUAUAGCGGCACAUAUUUUCUUUUUUGGACGUUGGCUGUUGAAGUUCACAGUUUCACCUACAUUAUGGCUUGGGCUAGGUGACACAUUCGCUUUGGAGGAGUACUCCAUUUCCAUUCUUUCCAUCCUUGACAUCAUUGCUGAAGUUGUUUUUGCAUGUGUUGUGAUUCUGCUGGUGAUUUCAUUAAAACAUGUUAGCAUGAAUGUGAUUACAUUAUAGUUCUACUGAUCCAUGCAGUCUUAACAAAACCUUGUUCACACAAUACAUACAUAGUACAGUUAGACCUUUGACGCUAACAACAUUAGUCUCCUGCUUUAGCCAGCAUUAGCCACUUAUCAUCGAGCAAGUUAUCCAAAUCUCUAUGAUGGAUCCUUAUUGGUGGUGAAUGCAGUAAAUGGCUAUAAUGGAUCCUUAUUGGUGGUGAAUGCAGUAAAUGGCUAUAAUGGAUCCUUAUUGGUGGUGAAUGCAGUAAAUGCGAACCUUCAAAAAGAUUUAUGUGCACCAUGUAGAGAACUGCUGUAAGAAGAACUGAUGCCAAUUACUACUGCUGUCCACUGCUAGAGAAUUCAAUUGAUUUUAAUCACUGCUUCUUAUCAAAGAAAAAAUACAUUCUUAGUAUGUACCCCAGCAGUAACAUGCUCUUCGGUGUCCAUGUCCACAACUCUUUAGAAAUAGUUUGAUUUAAUUUAUGCUGCCUAUAAAGAGAGCUCUGCUCUAGGACACAGACAGGUUGCCAGCACCACAAUGGGACUGCCUGAGACUCACCUCUGUGAAAUUAAAUAACCAAAUUGGGGCUUAAAUGCAGUUCCAAUGGCUAAAACGAACUUGACUUGAGGAAAUGAAUGAGAACAUUUCCAUUCAUGCUGGCAGCACAUCUUAUGAAUAAAAUAUAUUUACCAGUAAUAGGUUUAUUUUUUGCCUUUUUCCCUGAAAUGCAUACUGACGCAAGUACUAACUGUACACUUUUAGGGGCCGUUGAUUGCAACUGCUUUUACAAAUGGAUACCAUUGAAACCUAACAGGUGGUUGGUUGCCAUCUCAU